GAAACAUCUGGAGGUCCGCAGGUUGAAGACCACUGCGGCCUUCGUCAUCAUCCAGACCCCCAUAUGACAGGCGGUGAUGAUGAAGAGGGCGUUAAUUGCGGGGGUCUGGAUGAUGACAAGGGGGAGAUGUAUUUCCCACCCUAGGCUUAUAGUCGAGUCAAUAACUUUUCCUGGGUUUUUGGGGUGAAAUUAGGGGCCUCUGCUUAUAUUCGGGUAGGCUUAUACUCGAGUAUAUACGGUUCUUGUUAUGCAUAGUGCAGCAAAAAGAACAAACUUGACCAAAAAUGGGGUAUGUCCUAAAUUGUGAUGCCAAUAAAAGUGUAAACUAAAAGUGUCCCUGUUACUUAAAGAGACAUGUAAAAAGUUUUAAUCAGUUAGUGCUGUGUCCCCCACCGGUCAGCAGAACAAGCAGGGAUAAGAUUACGAUCUUUGUCUUCCUACCCCAUAGACUUCUAAUGGGACAAAAAGACAAAGGUCACUGAGAACCAGGGAGUAAUGCGUGCUUAUCCCCACUCACUUUCCUGAUUGGUGGAGGUAUCACUACUGAGACCCAGACUGAUCAAAACUUUUGUCAUGUCUUUAGGAGUCUUUGAAGUAACAGUGCCCAUUUAAACUAGAUGUGCCAACUAGACAGUCUGAUGAUCCACCUAAAUUAUCAAACAGCCAGAGUCAAAAUUUAUAGUGUCUAGGCCGGGUUCACAUCAGUGUUGGAGCUCCAUUUGCUGAAUCUUUUGUAAUGAUGGGAUAUUGGGAAAAAUACUGCAGAUCUGUGUUUUUUUUCUCCGCUUAAAUCCUGCAAAAUAUCGGCCACCAGACAAAAACCAGAUGGACCCCAUUGAAAGAUAAUAGGACCUGGAUAUAUCUGUUGUGCAAUGGACCAUGCAGCUCCAUUGUUUAUGUCUGGAAUGGGCGCUGUGACCCAGAUUUGAACGUAGCAUCUAAUGGACAAGAGGAAGCCACUAAAAUGCCAGUGUCAUGUGCUGCUUCGGGGUGCAAAUCAAGGUACACUGUGGAGGCCAGAGAGAAAGGAAUAACAUUUCACAGGUUUCCAAGGUCAAAUCCUGCCUUGUUGGAUAAAUGGUGUCGUGCUAUGAGAAGAGCAACAAGCACGGGUGAAUUAUGGAUGCCUUCCAGAUACCAGCGACUGUGCAGCCUCCACUUUCAGCAAAGUUGCUUUGACACUACUGGGCAGACAAAGCGGUUAAGAGAUGAUGUCAUACCCAGCAUUUUUAAUUUUCCAGAAGACACACAGAAAACUGAAGUGUCGGAGAUCAAAGUCUUAGAGACAUAUACACCACCUGGCAAAGAAGUUCCUGUGGUAAAUAAAGCAGAAAAUCGGGAACCAGAAGUGGUCAGUGUAACUUCAAACCCAUAUGCUAGUAUACAGUGCCAAGUUCAGUUACAGGAUCACCCAUAUUUCAUUCCAGAUAUUGACACCCUUAAAAGGAAACUUCAAGCAUCAGAAGACUCAAGAGCACAGAAAGAGAAGGAACUUAGAAAUGCGAAAGAUAGAGAAAAGCGUUUACGACAGACUUGCCUUAGUGUUUAUCGUGAACUUAUCAAGAGAAACCUACUGAACUCUCAGCUUCUGGACAUUCUCCAGCCCUAUGAAGACAUUCCAUUGGAACUUUUCAAAAAGCCUGAACCGGAGUACUCUGCCCAGCAGCGCAUGUUUUCCCUUACUUUGCAACUGAAUGACCCCCUUUCAUACAAGUACCUGAGGAAAGAAACCAAGCUGCCACUGCCAGGGCCUAAAAGACUUCGACAGUGGCUAAAGUCAGAUGGGAGAGGCCCUGGAAUUAAUUCUUCAGUACUGAAAGCUUUGAUACAAAAGAAGCAAACUAACCCAGAGUUAUAUACCCAAGUGUCACUUGUUCUGGAUACAUUAUCGAUUCAGCAGAGUGUUACUUUUGACACACACAGAAAUGAAUUUGUGGGUUUUGUGAAUUUGGGCAAAGGAGGGGCUGGAAGUGGAAGCCAAGAAGUAGCUAAUGAAGUAUUGAUGUUCAUGCUUGUUGGAAUAAGGGGCCACUGGUGCAUCCCUGUUGCUUAUUUUUAUGUUAAAUCCUUGACACCACAAGCACAAAAGCAACUUCUUGUCCAUGUUCUGCAUGAGCUGUGUGAGAACAGUUUUGAGGUAGUUGCAGUCUCCAUGGAUAGACAUUCACAUAAUGAAGAAAUGUGCUCUAUGCUUGGCUGUGCAUUUACAGAUCCCUGGGAACUCCAGACACACUUCUCCUUGCCCAACAGUGAUUACAGACACUAUGUGGUGUUUGAUGUGGGCAAUGAACUGAAAACACUUACCAACAUGGUAGAAGAGCUUUGUUCUAUCCAGAGUCCAGAAGGAGUAAUUACAUGGCAGUAUAUUACUGACUUGAUGAACCUGUCCAGAAUUUUUCCUCUUGUGGGGGACAUGAAGCUUGCAAAGAUGACGCUGUUGUGCAAUAGGUUAAGUCAUACAGUUGCAAAUGCACUUCAGUUUAUCCAGGAAUUAAAUUCUGAAAAUGUUCAUGGAUAUCAGGCAAUUAUCAGCUUUAUUCAGAUUAUUGGUAGACUAUUUGAUAUCCUCAAUAGCAGCAAUGUGCGUCUGCAAGGUGACAAAGGUCCCAUAAAUCAGAAUAACCUAGAGCAAAAACUUCAAGUGCUGCAGGAGACUCGUGAAUACUUAUUGACACUUACAACAUGUGAUGGUGACUUCCUUUUCCAAACCUCAAGGGCCUGGUGUACUGUCGGUCUCUUAGUAAAUAUUGCUUCAUUCAGUGAAUUGUUACCACGUCUACUGGUGGAUCAUGACUACAUCAUUAACCAUAGAUUCAGGACCCAUCACCUAAAAGAAUUCUUCAACUGUGUUAGAAGCAAAGGUGGUUCAGGAGUAAGGCCUACAGCACUUGAUGUAAGUCAUACUGUAGAAAAGCUGUGGUCACAAUGUGGAUUUGUUGAUCUGAAUAUGGAGAAAAAGCUCCACUUUGUACAUACAACUUUAGGACAGACUUUGUCUGGUUCCCUACAGCACAUUCCUUAUCCAUUUGAAGAAACAAGUAUUAAACUUUUGUGUCAUGUCUACCAGUCCUGCAUUUUGGAUCAUUCUGAAAUGUACAUUGCAGGCUGGGUUGUAAGAGAAGCCUUUAAACAGCUCUCCUGUAAUAAGUGCAGAUGGGCUCUAGUGAGCAGCAAUCCCCCACAGGAUUUUACAAGGGCUUACCACUUGCUACAGGUUCAUGGAGGUGUUGCUCAUUUUGUACCAUCAAAUGGAACGGUCAGAACUGUGCAAACGGCACAAAAGGAAUUGUACUUUAUGCUGAAAUAUGGCAGAUGUGAACGCAGUGUAUCUGUUCUGAUGCUGGAGCACCACGUACUGUCCACACUGGGACCGGCAGAUAUUUUUGACCUUAAGGAACACAUGCCUCAGACUGAGCUGGGCAUCGACAAUCAUUACUUUCAGCUACUGCGUUUGAUAGCAUCUCUAUACUAUGCACUAAAGGAACCCUAUAUUAACAGUAUAAAACAGGCUUAUCAACAACGAGCACAUGUGGAAGAGACUCUAACCCGACCUUGUCAGCGUUAUUCCCAUUCAUACUUAUUGUGCAAAUAACAUCCCUUAAGGAUGCAUUCAUCCUAAUUUUCUUUAGGUGUCAGGAUUAUUAUUGUCACACGUGAACCUAAUGCCUAGAGACUUUAGUGGAGCAAAAGGUGCCCUUUACUAUAUCCCACUGAAUGACUUAGGGAUCUCUAUGUGACUGCACAUGUAGGAUCUAUCUGUAAAUAUGUAAAAUAAACUGCUAUUACUAUAUUAUAGUUUAUUAAUAUGCAAUAUAACUGGGGAGAAGGGGCAGACAUAACUUUUUGUACAAUUUUAACAUUUUUGUAAAUAAAUUGUCCCGGAUGA